ACACACACACGCACUCCUCCGCAGUGUGUGUGCAUUCCGGGACACGGAAGCGGCUCGCCACCGCCCCCUGCUGGCAGCACCGGCUCCUACCGCUCGGCUCACUACACAAAUGGCGGAGGGGGACUUGGACGUGGAUUCGCUGAUUUCCAGGCUUCUAGAGGUGCGAGGAUGCCGCCCCGGGAAGAUCGUCCAGAUGACGGAGGCGGAGGUGCGGGGCCUCUGCAUCAAGUCCCGGGAGAUCUUCCUCAGCCAGCCCAUCCUGCUGGAGCUGGAGGCCCCCCUGAAGAUCUGUGGGGACAUCCACGGCCAGUACACAGACCUGCUACGGCUCUUUGAGUACGGGGGCUUCCCGCCCGAGGCCAACUACCUGUUCCUGGGGGACUACGUGGACCGGGGGAAGCAGUCCCUGGAGACCAUCUGCCUGCUACUGGCCUACAAGAUCAAGUACCCCGAGAACUUCUUCCUGCUGCGCGGCAACCACGAGUGUGCCUCCAUCAACCGCAUCUACGGCUUCUACGACGAGUGCAAACGGAGGUUCAACAUCAAGCUUUGGAAGACCUUCACCGACUGCUUCAACUGCCUGCCCAUCGCCGCCAUCGUGGACGAGAAGAUCUUCUGCUGCCACGGAGGUCUGUCUCCUGACCUCCAGUCCAUGGAGCAGAUCAGACGCAUCAUGAGACCAACCGACGUGCCUGACACAGGGCUGCUGUGUGACCUGCUGUGGUCCGACCCGGACAAGGACGUGCAGGGCUGGGGGGAGAACGACCGCGGCGUCUCCUUCACCUUCGGCGCCGACGUGGUCAGCAAGUUCCUCAACCGCCACGACCUGGACCUCAUCUGUCGGGCUCACCAGGUGGUGGAGGACGGCUAUGAGUUCUUCGCCAAGAGGCAGCUGGUGACGCUGUUCUCGGCACCAAACUACUGCGGCGAGUUCGACAACGCAGGGGGCAUGAUGAGCGUUGACGAGACCCUGAUGUGCUCCUUCCAGAUCCUGAAGCCGUCAGAGAAGAAGGCCAAGUACCAAUAUGGCGGCAUGAACACCAGCCGCCCCAUCACCCCCCCGCGCACAGCGCAGCCCCCCAAGAAACGGUGAAGGAAGGAAGCUAGGAUAAGAAGGAAGGAAGGAAGGAUGUGUGUACGGACGGGCGUGCAAAGGAAGGAUUUUGUUUUGAGUGAGUGGUAAUCCCUGCCAACUCUGCACCCUUUUCAUAGUUCAACAUUUGUAAAGAACAAAGGUCAGACCCCCACCACUACUCAGACCCCCACAGGGGGUAGGGUACCGAUGCGAUGGUACUUUGUUCAGGACGCCGUCUUUUUUUAUCCAACUGUAAACCAAUCGGGAAACUGUUCUGUGCACCAUGGCCUGUCAUAUCGAGUAUGUUUUUCUGCCGACACGUUUGUUUUGAUCCUGAAAUGUUUGUGGAAAAAAAACGGGCAAAAACUAAAUGGAAAUCAAAAUGCAGUACGAGUCUCCGUGUCUGUUCCUGUUGUAGUUUAGCCUAGCCUCGUUCCUGCACUCGCCUCUCACAUUUCUACCCCACCCUCAUCUGUACAGACGAUUGUUAAUGACACCCGCUGCGUUUUCAAUAAAUAAUUUGCGGAAUAA